AUGUUGCAAACAGUCUACAAAAUAAUAUAUCGUCGAUUUUCGACAUCUGGUGAUCAUUAUAAACUAGUUGUUGUGGGUGCUGGAUGCGGAGGUUUAGCAUGUGCGUCAAGAUUUGCAAAUAAACUAGAGAAAAAUCAAAUUGCUAUUAUAGAUAAAAAUGAUGUACAUGUUUAUCAACCGGGAUGGACACUAGCUGGCGCUGGUUUAAAAACAGUUGAUGAACUUGAACGUCCACAAAAAGAUUGUAUACCUCAAAAUGCACAUUGGAUUCAAUCCGAUGCAGUUGGUUUUGAACCGGAAAAAAAUUUAGUGAAAUUAGACAAUGGGGGAAAAAUCAAAGGUGCGAUCGAUGCACUUGAAAAUGACUCAAAACAUGUCGUGACCAUUUAUUCAAGAAAAUAUGUACGAAAUGUUUAUGAUUCAAUAAAAUCUUUUCAAGGUGGAACGGCCAUAUUUACAUUUCCGAAUUCAACAAUCAAGUGUCCCGGGGCACCGCAAAAAAUCAUGUACUUAGCUGAAGAUUUAUUUCGGAAAAAUAAUGUACGUGAAAAAUCUACCGUUAUUUACAAUACCUCGUUACCAGUUAUAUUCGCUGUUAAAAAGUACGCAGCAGCGUUAAUGGAUAUUGUUAAAAAGAGAAAUAUUCAGUUGAAUACGCGACUGAAUCUAGUGGAAGUGAAGUCAAAAACAAAAGAGGCUAUAUUUGAAAAUUUAGACAAGCCAGGGACAUUUCAAACAUUCCAAUACGAUCUUCUUCAUAUUGGUGCUCCGAUGCAACCACGUGAAGUCAUUGCAAAAGCUCCAAUAGCUGAUGCAAAUGGUUAUGUUGAUGUUGAGAAAGAAACGUUGCAGCAUAAAAAAUAUCGAAAUAUAUUCGCUAUUGGAGAUUGUACAAAUUUGCCUACAAGUAAAACUGCAGCAGCAAUAGCUGCGUCGAACAAAAUUCUAUGUGAUAAUUUAUCAAAUUUAAUGGAUGGAAAAACAACCAAUGUACCGAAAGUAGGUGAUAUAUUCAGAAAUAAUAAAUGUAUAUUAGCUGAAUUUGAUUUUAAUGGUAAACCAUUAGAAACGCUUCCAUUUGAUCAGGGAAAAGAACGAUGGUUUUCAUUUUUCUUAAAAAAAGACGUGAUGCCACAGAUGUAUUGGAAUAUGUUACUGAAGUAUGUGCACUCAUUGAUCUACUGAUCAAUGUCUUAUUAUGAGAUUGUCUGGUUUUUAUAGAGGGAAGUGGAAUGGUCCAGCAACAUUUCGAAAAAUAUUCCAUCUCGGUUUAACAAAAUAAACGCUUUCGUUUCAAUAUUAUAUUUCGUCCAUUAUAGUCGUUAUUUCGUAAUGAUAGUCUAUUUGUAUUUAUUAUUUAAUUCUACUUUAAAUCAUCAGUUCACAUUAAGAAACAAAUUUUUUUGUUUUAAUUAAUUUUUGCUUGUUUAUGCCUUUUCGUAAUCGUAAGGACUCCACCUCUAACGCGAUGAUUAUCAAAUAUUUAUUCAUCUUCUGCUAAAUCUAUCUUAUGAUUGCACACUGCGGUGAUCAACAAUUUGUCGAGAAACAGUGAACCUUUUCUCGAAAACAGACUUCUCUCUGAUGUAUUUUUUGCAAUAUUUUUGUUCCCUUUGAUCAGUGAUAUGCACAUGUACGAACAGUGAUAACUCGCGGACAAUUGUCGAACAGUUGAAUAAUUAACUAUUUUGGAUUACUUCAUUUGUCGUCACACAAUGAUGUUAGGAACAGUGAAACAAGAGCAUAGUACAUCACGUCGACAUCUUUAUAGACGUGCUUGGUUAUUCGACGACAGUUUAGGAAAUUAAUAUGAACCUCUCUAUUGCAAUGUUCUCUUCAGUGUAACGUCACUCAAAGCUACUUGUAUGGUAUCCAUAAAAGAAUUAGUAAACAGAUUAAGCAGUCUUCUCCUCAAAGGCGCGCACAACAAACACACUAACUCUGUUUCUUCGUCGAAAAAGUUGAUUAAUUGUGCUGUACUUACUUUGAGCACGCACUUUGUGUACUUUUUGUUUAUUUUAAAACGAAUGAAAUAAAAUAAGAUUUUCUAACAGAACAGCUUUAUACCUGUGAAAGAAAUAAAAUGUUAAACACAACAAUAUGAGAAAUAAAAU